CCGCGGCGCGGCACGGCACGGCUACAAACCCCGCCCGCGCAGAGAGAAAAGCGAGCGCGAGAUGGAGAGAAGUGGGUGGGGGUUUACUUACACCGAAUCAGGGUGCCAGUUAGUGGUGUUGCCGCCAUAGGUGGAGGUUGCAUGCGAGCGUGUUCGGAUUAAAGCUGUGAUCAUCAACGGCUCCCCGCUGCGCCGGUCAGCGUGACGCACAGAAAGUGGAGGCGCACCGUGACUGGAGUCACAUUGGAUUAGAGCCAGCGGCAGCGGAGGGAUCACCAAGUUGAGAUGCUGUAAGAGCUUGUGGUGUGUGUUUGUGUGUGAGGAGGAUGCUCCCGUCUCGCGGUUGUUUUUGUGCGAUAAGUUUGGACUGAAAAGAGCGGAGUGCGCGCGUCUAUCUGGGAUGUAUUUCUUUGAACUGCAAUAACAGAAAGAAAAAAGGUCAAGUGGACGCAGUUUGAAGCUGUGGAGAGGUUUGCGGUGUGAGAGGAGCGGAACACAGCGUGCGCCAGGCUGAAUCCCCAACACAAAUCUGGGUAAACAUAUAUGACGGCCGGUUUUGACGUUGUUUUGUGUCUGCUGAUGAACAACAAUACCGGUGAUAAAAUUACAAACCGAGUGAAUUCUGGAGUGUUAUUCAUUGUGAUUUUUUUUUUUUUUUUUUUUUUUUUUGGAGAAAGAGGGGCAUCUAAUCCAGGUGGCGCAUCUAUCUCCCCGGCUGCGCGUAAUGGGAGAAAAGUUUCGGACCUUGCAGAGGAGACGCACUCGCAGCAUCCCGCCGUCGACGCGCUUAUAAAUAACAUGUGAAUUCCUGCUGUUCCGUUCGCGCGAGACGAAGUUUGAAAGUUAAUUUCAACCAUUCAGUAUGACUUGAAGGAGCCUUUGCGUUAUCGGAACUCGCAUCAAGCCAAGUUAACGAUCCAUGAACCGCCGAACCGAUUUGUCCAAAGACGCGCAGACGGACAUUCAUGAUCUGAAGAGGAUUUCUGCAGCAGCAGCGCAGUGAAAGCCUGAACCCAGUGAGACAGAGAGAGAGAGAGAUUCCCCCUGGAUGUCUAUGAUGUUGUGCCAGAGGUGUGUGAUGGAGGUGGUGGUGCUGACCAUCCUGUCCUGGGUGUCCGUGUGGGCAGAGGAGAAGAUCAUAUUUGACAGACACGCUGUCUACUGGAACAGCUCCAACCCCAAGUUCUGGCACGGAGAGUACAGGGUGGCAGUGAACAUUAAUGACUAUCUGGACAUCUACUGUCCUUACUACGAGGGUCCUCCGUCCCAUGGGCGCAUGGAGCGCUACAUCCUGUUUAUGGUCAACCACGAGGGCUACACUUCCUGCCAGCACAGGAUGCGUGGCUUCAAGCGCUGGGAGUGCAACCGUCCCAGCGGUCCUGACGGACCCCUGCGCUUCUCAGAGAAGUUCCAGCUCUUCACUCCCUUCUCCCUGGGCUUUGAGUUCAGGCCUGGACACGAGUACUACUACAUCUCGUCUCCUCACCCAAACCAUGUGGGGCGAGCAUGUCUAAAGCUGAAGGUGUAUGUCAGACCUCCAGAUGGGUCGGGAUAUGAUUCUCCGGAGCCCUUCCUGACUGAUGGAGGUCCAAGCUGGAGGCCAGGGUCCAUGACCCUGUUAGCUGUUCUGGCCUCACUGCUCCUGGGACUCUUCUCCUGGCUGUGACCCCUCUCCCCCUCCUCCUGGAGCUCCCACCCAGGGUCGCUGGGCUGGGCUGGCUGUCCCUCUAAAUCCACCACCCCUCAGGGAAGCCCUCUGUCUCCGUCUCCGUAUCCCCCCCCUCUCGCCCCUCCCACCUCCACCUCUAUACGACCAACAACCCCCCCCCCCCCGCCCCUCCCACCUCCACCUCUAUACGACCAACACCCCCCCCCCCCCAACCCCCAACCCCACCCCCUCCCUGCCAGCCCCCUCCAUGGGCCAGCUACAGACACCGUUUCCAGCCCUGGCUGAAAGGGUUGGGUCUUGAGCUGUCUGGGAAACUGCUCUUCAUCUCUGAUCCCCAAAUUCUGGGUGGAACAGCACCUCUCAGCUGAAAAACACAAGGGAAAUGUCUCUGCACUCAUAUCAGGGGGGUCCUUUUGAUUUGUUGAUUGACUCUUGGCCACUGAUGGGGUAGAUGUAGCCGCGGCUAUGAUUAAACUUGUCGUUCCAGUGCAAUUCUUAUCAUCCAAUCAUGGCAGGAUGCAUUAAGCGAUAGGCCUGAAUGCACAAAAAUUGAAUUUUUUUCUCACAUUGCUAUCCCAUCGUCAAACCAAGAAUUGGAAGUGGCCAAGCUUGCAUUUUAAUUGGAAUUCUAUACUACCUGGACCAGUUCCAACUGCAACGAGUAGAACAGCAAAACUGUAGAGAUGGAGAGGAGAAAAGUGACCCGGCCUGUGCAGAAAAGAAAGGGAAACAGAUAAAAAUAAAUAUGGCCAUAUGGGAAAUGUAAUGUUAUAUGUGUUGAUAUUUUCAGACCCAGUGUAGAUUCACAGCAAUGUGAUAUAAAAACCAUAGUUGGAUUUUUUUUUUUUUUUUUUUAUGAGAAGCUUUAAUAUCACAUUAAAAUGACAAGUAUAAUCAUAGCCUGUUUUAGUGGGAGGGUGGGGUGUGUGCAGGGGGGUGUUCUGGGUGGGUUUGGUGAGGUGUAUAUUUUCAGGUGGAAUGUGUUCUGUCUUAUUCAUGUUUCUAAACAAAGCAUUUAUCACAGCCUGGCCAGCACAGGCGUCUUCAGCACUCUCUAAUGUCGAUUAGGUCGGGUGACUUUUGGAACCAUGACUUUCUCAUGUAUGAAUGUACCACUGGUCACCCACCUCUUUGUCUUUCUGUAUUAUUAUGACUGUGGUCACUUACAGUACCUUCUCUCGGACUGGCAGGAUGAACGGGUCGGGGAUUUGGAGGGAUGUGUGGGGCGGGCAGGAGAAGAGUGAAGUAAGGAUGAAUGGAGGACAGGUGACAAAAAGGAGGCGACACUCAAGUUGCAUGACCACUGUGAAACCUUCAGAUCAAUCUCGUUUGUAAUGAUGAUAUAUUUUUUCAUGGGGCAAAUCAGAAACACCCCGCUACCGCUCUCUUGCUCUCCCUGAGACUUUUUCCGACAUCAAAAGGAAAAUUCAGCCCUCUCCCCUCACACGAUUUCUCCUGUCUGGCUUUCAGCCGCUGAUGGAUUAGCUUGGGCCGGGAGAUAAAUGGACCCACAGGGUGAAACUGACUGGAAAUCAGCCCUCGGAGCCCAGGCCAGAUCACAAUGGACGUAAAUACUGACUGAACCUGGUCCUGGGUCUGAGGGUUAAACCAAUAAGGGAAGCGCAUAGACUGUGGCAAAUGAGGCGAGGUGUGUGUGGUAGCAGCACAAAAACACACAUGUGCAUGCACACACACACACACACACACACACACACACACACACACACACAUACACACAUACACACACACACACACACACACAGUCUUUGAUAAUGGGACGGUUCCUCUGAGAUUUUGGGAGCAUUCAUGGACAUGACUAUAAAGGGAACAGCACAAAGAGAGAGGGAGCAGAGGAGGAGGGAAAGUUGGUGUGUAUCAUGGGACUGAGACUUCUUUAAUGUUGGGAAGUGAACAUAAUGAGUAAGCACUGUGAACACACACACAGAUAAAAACACAAACAUGACGACCAGUGUACAGAUACACACACACACACACACACACACACACACACACACACACACACACAUACAGACAUGUAGAAAAGCAAAUGCAGAUCUAAACAUUUACAAAGACAUGGCAUGCACAUACACACAUGUACAAAGAUACACACAAAAAAACACAAACAAGAGGAAGCACUUCCUUCGCUGUUUCAUCUUAUUUUUGUAGCAUUUAAAAUCACUGUUAAUUACUCCUGUGUGGGAUGCAGUGAUGGGGUAUAGCCUGUGGAAGAUUAAAAAAAAAAUGUUUUCUCUUCUUCUAUUCCACUGAUGCUGUCCUUCUAUCGUUCUUCUUCUCUGGUUUGUGAUCCAUGGUUGGUAGUGGUAGGAUGCCUCCAGGUCUGAGCGUCAUGUAUGAGUUUGUCUCCUUUUCUGUUUGUGGUGUUUUUGUGGGUGCUGACCUCAGUCAUUAAAGUCAGUCAGUCAAAAGUAAACACAGAAGUCAGAGCAAGGAGAGAAACACACAAAUAAAGAUUGUCUUUUUGUCUACUUGAAAAA